GAUUGCACCGUGUUCUCUGUGUGUUUUUCUGGGACAGGGGAAAUGUUUUGUCGUGUUUAAAGUGAAUUUGUGUGUCUUCCUUCUGUGCUCGGGUGACAAACUUGACAAACUUGAUCUCUUUUUUUCCCUCUUCUUCUUCUUCUCCUCCUCCUCACACACUGAUACCCGGAAACACCUCAAGACUGAAACCAGCGGUUUCACAGCUCCAGAGCACUGAUUUCACGAAGGCUUCACGAACUAGACUUAGUAAGGUUUUAGACUAAGCGUCACGACGAGUGUAGUGCAAGCUAACAUCAAUCUCAUCAAAGCUGAAGUGUCAUGGUGUAGCAGUGUGCUUGAAAUGGAAAGUCAGAAGCAGGUGAUCGAGAGACUUAGGGCUGCGUUCCGGUCCGGCACGACCGUACCCCUCCAUUUCCGACUCACUCAGCUGGAGGCUCUGCUGUCUUUACUAGAGGAUAACGAGGCACAGAUCUUGGAGGCGUUGCAUAAAGACCUCACCAAGCCCAAGUUUGAAGCAGUGAUGUCAGAAAUCGACUUGGUGGCCAACGAGCUUCGUUAUACCAUCUGUAACUUGGAAGCCUGGUUGCAGCCGAGCUAUGUGGGCAAAAACCUGGCAACAAAACUAGAUGACUGCUUUGUACGCAGAGAACCAUUAGGCGUUGUUUUGAUCAUCGGUGCAUGGAACUAUCCUCUCCAGCUCAUUUUAGCACCACUGAUUGGUGCUAUUGCUGCAGGCAACUGUGCUGUUCUGAAGCCCUCAGAAAUCAGUCAAGCAACCGAGCAACUCCUCUCAGAGCUGAUACCUAAGUACCUGUCUCAGGAAUGCUUCGCUGUUAUUUGUGGAGGAGCAGAGGAAACCAAAUUAUUGUUGCAGAACAGAUUUGAUCACAUUUUCUACACAGGCUCUCAGGCGGUGGCACGAAAGAUCCUCCAGGCAGCCGCAGUGCACCUCACCCCAGUCACUCUGGAGCUGGGUGGGAAAUGCCCGUGCCUCAUUUACGGCCGCGUAGACAUCAAGACUGCCGCAAAGAGGCUUGUAUGGGCCAAGUUUUUCAAUGCAGGGCAGAGCUGUGUGGCACCAGAUUAUGUCCUGUGCACAGCAGAGAUGCGAGAUGCACUAAUUCCCAUGAUUAUAGAAGCCUUGCAGAGCUUCUAUGGGUCUCAGAUUCAGGAGAGCCCAGACUAUGGCCGAAUUGUCACUGAUAGACACUGGAACAGACUCAUGAAGCUCCUGGAAAAGUCUCAAGGAAAGGUGGUUAUAGGAGGAGAAGGUGUGAAGGAGGACAAAUACAUCGCUCCAACAGUGACUGUGGACUUGCCAGAAUCAGACGCUCUAAUGCAAGAGGAAAUUUUUGGCCCCAUUCUUCCCAUCAUCACUGUGGAGUCUCUAGAGCAAGGCAUCCGUUUCAUCAACGAGAGAGAGAAGCCACUGGCACUCUAUGUUUUUUCUGAUCAGUCUCAGGUGGUGAAUACAGUAUUGGAGCAAACCACCAGCGGAGGGUUUUGUUCAAAUGACGGAAUAGUUCACAUGACACUUCCUGGUUUGCCUUUUGGAGGAGUUGGUGCAAGUGGGAUGGGCAGCUAUCACGGCCGCUGGGGUUUUGAGACGUUCAGCCACAGACGUGCGUGUAUGCUGCGAGGCUGGGGGCUCGAGCGCAUCGGCGCGUUACGUUAUCCCCCAUACCAAGAGUCGAACCUGGGUUGGCUGCGCUGGGCCACGCAACUCAAAAAGAAAGGCUGGGGAGGGUGCAGUGUCAUGUGACUCUGGUCCUGUUUGCUUUUAACCGUAACUUACUUUCUUGCUUGGUCAAUGGAAGGAAACCAAGCAAACAAAAAGCAUUCAAGAAAUAAAAGCUAUGCACUCAUUGUGUGCUGCACUCUGUGGAAUUCAAACGACACUUUUCUUCUUUCUUCCCUUAAUUACUUUCUAUUAGAUAACAGUCUUUCAAGGGUGACACACCCUGCAUUACUGUGUCCCAAUUAAAAGUAAAUGUUACAUGUAUUCAAACUAAUGUUACAUAUAGCAUCAUGUAAAUAAUCAGUCAAAAGUACAUGAAUUUGCAUUUGUGUGUUUAUACUUUUCAACUAUCUUUCAAAAUAAAACCCUAUACACGUCAA